CUCUCUCUCUCUCUCUCUCUCUCUCUCUCUCUCUGUGGUGGGGGGGAGGGAAGGAGGGCCUCGUAUGAAAAGCAGCAGAAGAGAAGGCAGUGCAGGAGCAGCCUGUGGAGACAGGGGACAGACUCUGAGUGUGUGUGUGUCCACCUCCAACACUCUCACACAUACGCACACACAUAUCCCCCAGUUGUGGAUUUAUUAGUGUUGCCAAAGAAGCUGGAGGGCCUGGUGUCGUCCUCGUCCUCGUCCUCAGCAGCAGCAGCAGCAGCAGCAGCAUCAGGGACACACAACGCUCCUCGUCCUCUCCUGAGUCUGGGGCACUGAGAAAUGAACAAAAUGAAGAACUUCAAGCGCCGCUUCUCGCUGUCUGUGCCAAGAACAGAAACGAUAGAGGAGAACGAGUUCACCGAGCAGAUCAACCAGCUCAACAUCCAGCGCAAUGAGGAUCUGGUGCCGAACAGCCUGGGCCUGCACUCUCUCCACCCGUCCACCAGUCCAUUGGCCUCCAACCAUCAGGCUCCAUCUCCCACACAGCUGCACUACCACAGCAAAGUCCAGCAUCGCCGCUUCUCCAUGGAGGACGUCAGUAAGAGGAUGGCCCUGCCCAUGGACAUUCGUUUGCCGCCAGAGUUUCUAAAGAAGUUGCAGAUGGAGAGCCCAGAAGACUGCAAACCACUUAGCCGCAUGUCCAGACGAGCCUCACUGUCUGACAUCGGGUUCGGGAAACUGGAGACGUACGUAAAACUGGGCAAACUGGGAGAGGGCACUUAUGCGACUGUAUUCAAGGGGCGCAGCAAGCUGACCGAAAAUCUGGUGGCCCUGAAAGAGAUCCGGCUUGAGCAUGAAGAAGGAGCCCCUUGCACUGCCAUCAGAGAAGUUUCGCUGCUGAAAAACCUGAAACACGCCAACAUCGUGACUCUGCAUGACAUCAUCCACACCGACCGCUGCCUCACUCUGGUCUUCGAAUAUUUAGACAGCGAUCUGAAGCAGUACCUAGACAACUGUGGAAACCUCAUGAGCAUGCACAACGUAAAGAUAUUUAUGUUCCAGCUUCUGCGUGGUUUAUCUUAUUGUCAUAAGAGAAAGAUUCUACACAGGGACCUCAAACCGCAGAAUCUGCUCAUCAAUGAGAAGGGAGAACUGAAGCUAGCUGACUUUGGUCUGGCGAGAGCAAAAUCUGUGCCGACGAAAACCUACUCCAACGAGGUGGUGACUCUGUGGUACCGGCCUCCAGAUGUCCUGCUGGGCUCCACAGAGUAUUCCACUCCCAUAGACAUGUGGGGCGUCGGGUGUAUUCUGUACGAAUUGGCAACGGGACGGCCCAUGUUCCCAGGCUCGACUGUCAAAGAGGAGCUGCACCUGGUUUUUCGCCUCAUGGGAACCCCGGCUGAAGAGACCUGGCCUGGGAUUACAACCAAUGAGGAGUUCAAGUCGUACCUUUUCCCCUUGUACCGAGCCCAGGCUCUAAUAAACCAUGUUCCCAGACUGGACACCGAGGGCAUCGAUCUUCUCUCCGCUCUUCUGCUGUACGACACCAGAAGACGGAUCUCGGCCGAGGCGUCUCUGAGACACGCGUACUUCCUCAGUCUAGGAGAGAACAUUCACUCGUUACCAGACACUUCAUCAGUGUUCUCACUAAAGGAGGUGCAGCUACAGAAGGACCCUGGACAUCGGAGCUCAGUCUUUCAUCCAGGUCGGGGAAAGAACCGCAGACAAAGUAUAUUCUAACGGCUGAUAGACGGAGGAGGGGGAACAUCACCACCGUGAAGCGAUGGCUGUAAAUCCCAGCAAACUGCCGUGCUGUAUCCCAAAACCUCCUCACACACACACACACACACACACACACACACACACACACACACACUAAAGCCAAUACUUUUCACUUCUGUUUUAUUGAAUUUGACAAAAUGACACAAUUCCAGCUGACCAGCUAAUUACCCAACUUUCCCUCUGUGUUUGCCCUAAACUCGUAUCUGGAUCACAAAGAAAAAAAAAUUCUCGUCCUGUGUUUGUGUUUAACUUAUAAACGUAAAGAAAAGUCUCUUAAGAAGUGUCCUGGAUCAUAGAAUCACUCCAAAGUACAUAAAAUUACUAGAGUAUUGUCCUCCUAAAUGAUUUAAAGGACAAAUCCACGCUAAACAACAUGAACAUUCAUCUCUCAUCUUUAUUUAUUACCCACAAUGCUGUACUGCCUGCUGAUAGAGGAGCAGCGGGAUUUAGCCCUCACGUCCUAUCGGUAUAAAGAGAGAUGCUGCUGCGCUUUAAUUCAAUUCUCAAUUCACUUUAUUUAUUUUUAGUUCACGUCGUCUCAAAGCAGCUUUACAUAAGUAUGGAAACAUUUAUCUCUAACAUUUAAUCCCAGGGGCAGUUCUAGAGGCGGGGCCACAGGGGCCCUGGCCCCUGGUGAAAUCUGAUUGGGCCCUGAUUGGCCCCCGUUCCAUCAAUCGUCGACGAGAACAGCAACCGGAGAAUUUUUCAAAACGAUCACAGAUGCAAUUCCACCACCAAACAAUUGACGGCACUCGAGCGUUUGCAAAAGGAAUGACUGCCGAAAUGUAUUUGCACCAUACUGAAUAAAUUAUUUUGUGUGCUUGAAUGUACCCUGUACUUGGCCCCUGAAUGUAACAUGUGGCCCCUUAUUGGCCCUGUUACAGAAAAAUCCUAGCCACUGUUUAACCCUAAUGAUCCGGAGCCGGAGGCGAGGCAGGGAAAAACUCCCCGAGAUCAUAUGAGGAAGAAACCUUGAGAGGAACCAGAAUCUAAACCUCAUUAUGGUGACACUGGACAGGAAAUAAUGUAAAUAAUCCUUUUGUCUGUCCAACUCUCUCACCUGUACACUUUGCCCAAACAGAUUAGCUUCAAAAAUGUCAGUUUUCAUUCUAAACAACAUCUAGCUGCGUCGUAGAUCGCUCGCUCAGCCACGUAUAACUGCAGUGCAUUCUGGGACGCCGUUCGCAUCGCCACCUCUACACCUGAUAUCUCAUUAAUAUGAUGCUGGGAACUGGUGUUUGAGGAAAGCAAAUUUUUUAACAGUGAAAUCUAGUCAUUCCACCAAUGAUUGAGAUCCCUAAAAUCACGUCACAACCGCUGAUCUCUAACAGUAAUAACAAAAAGCGGCAACUUAGCUCCAAAAUCACUGAACACAUCACAAAUAUUAUUAUCUGAUCAUAUUAAGCAUGUAUCAGGGUGCGUUUUCCUUUAAAUAUCUAAAAAAAAAAACACAGAACACUUGAAACAGGUUCGAAAGUGACCUAUCAUAGAUGUACAGUGAGGAAAGUUACAGAAAAUAAUGUGUUAAACUGUCAAAACGUACCCAGUUAAAGUGGACGCAUCGCUAAGAAAGUUAAAAAGUGAAAGCAGUGAAAUAUGCUGAAAGAUUUGAAAGUUCUCACACCUUCAGCUUUUUUCACAUUUCAUAAGACUCGCAUCAUGUUUCAAUUCAAUUCACGUUACAAUUGUUAAAGUCAAUAUUUGGGGUUGAGUUUUGUGGGUGGAGUCUGGGGCGGGGCUAGGAUUCUGAGGUCAUAUAGUAAAAGUUAGAAUUCAACAGCGCUGGUGAAUAAAUAACGAUGGGGUUUGAUCAGAUGUUUAAAAGCACAAAGCAUGUCCAAAGUCUGCACUUUUAACAUAAACAUUUAUGACGUUAAACCUCGACACAGGGUUUUGUGUAGUCUGUAGUACUAAAUGAACACUGUCACUUUUUGUGCGUUUACCUCAGAGAUGAAAAUGUUCUUCGAAGCAUCUAAAGGUGCCUUGUACAAAUCAAUUAUGAUGAUGGUUCCAAUUUUUAUUCGUCUUCUUUUUCAGAUUAUUUGAAUAGCUAUUUUAAUACUGUUAUAGGGUCUGGAGAUGUUGCUCUUCAUCAAUAAUUGCACAUGAUUUACUGUUUGGUACGAUGAACUGUUCUACCGUGUUUGCACAUGGCAUCCAAGUGUCCUAAAUUUUGUCUUUGCCUGCCCGUUUCUUUGGAACUUAGUAUUUCCCUUAAAAAAAGAGCACUCUAUAUUUCUAGUCAAAGCCAUCAAGUACGGAGAAUCAUAGUGAUGUUGUGGUGAAUUUCUAGAAGAUGAAAAAGCAUCAAAACAGAAUAGAGGAAGAGGAGGAGUGAGAAAGAGCAUGGCUGUGUUGCAGUACUGGCCCUCAUUACUUUCCCUCAUGAUUUCUCUUUGACCCGUUCCAGCAGAUUGUUACCGGAAGUGAAAUUUGGCGAAUAGCGAAAAAAUCAAAUCGACAUGAGAGUCAACCUGACUUCUUCCCUGGGGAAAAAAAGCAAUAAGUUAAUAAUUUAGAUUGAUUUGCUGCUAAAAUUAGGUGUUAUAUAGCCAACUACUCUUCAACUAUGUCUUUAUCACACAUCACGUCAUAAUUUCUGGUGAUAGCUGUGGUGAAAAAAAAAAAUAGGUGACACUACGUGAUAACAUACCCUCUAGGGUGCCUUUGUGUUGAAGAAAGUACAAUGGAACUCCCUGUAUGUUGCACUCUAAGUGGAUAAAACAAGAUGCAGUGCCCUAUAGGCUCUCUUAAAUGUGACAAAAUGAGAUGUACUGCCCUAUAAAAUUCUGUACAUGUGACAAAAUCAGAUGCAGUGAUAAUCAGAUGCACUUAAAAGGAUCCCCUAGAUGCAAGGAAACAAAAAAAGGUACCAUUUAGGUUCCCAUAAAUUUUUUCCCCUACAUGCAAGAAAACUCUAAGUGAUACUGAUUAGGCUCCACUACAUUUGACAAAAUUGAGACGACUUGCCAUAUAAGGUUUCCUGCAUGCAAGAAAAUCAGAUGAAGUGUCCUAUAGGCUCCUCCACCUGGUGGCAACAUGAGAAGAAAUGCCUGAUAGGCUUCUCUGCAUCCUUAGAAAAUGAGAAGAAAUGCCUGAUAGGCUUCUCUACAUCUGACAAAAUGAGAAGAAAUGCCUGAUAGGCUUCUCUGCAUCUGACAAAAUUAGAAGAAAUGCCAUAUAAACCUCUCUACAUUCAAAAAUACAGGAUAAAGUGCCCUAUAGGCUUUUCUACCUGGUGAUCAAUAGACAAGAAGUGCCGCUCUCCUUAUGUAUAAAUAAAUACUCUAUAGGCUCCUCAACCUGGUGGCAAAAUGAGAAGAAAUGCCUGAUAGGCUUCUCUGCAUCUGACAAAAUGAGAAGAAAUGCCUGAUAGGCUUCUCUGCAUCUGACAAAAUGAGAAGAAAUGCCUGAUAGGCUUCUCUGCAUCUGACAAAAUGAGAAGAAAUGCCUGAUAGGCUUCUCUGCAUCUGACAAAAUGAGAAGAAAUGCCUGAUAGGCUUCUCUGCAUCUGACAAAAUGAGAAGAAAUGCCAUAUAAACCUGUCUACAUUCAACAAAACAGGAUAAAGUGCCCUAUAGUCUUUUCUACCUGGUGAUCAAUAGACAAGAAGUGCCCUGUAAACUUCCCUACAUACUUUAGGCUCUCCUUAUGUAUAAAUAAAUACCCUAUAGGCUCCUCAACCUGGUGACAAAAUGAGAAGAAAUGCUCUGUAGGCUACCCUAUGUGAUAAAAUGAGAUGCCCUAUAGGCUUGCCUGCAUAUAAAAAUAAAUAAAUUGUUAAAUCAAUAAAUAUAUCACUGCUGCUGCAACGGGUCACCUGUGUGUGAUGUCAGGGAAGAGUGGAAGUCAAUGAGGGCAUGUCACAAACAGUACGAGAGAGAGAGAGAGAGAGAGAGAGAGAGAGAGAGAGAGAGAGAGAGAGAGAGAGAGAGAAUAAAUACAGGAUACCAGGUUGUGUACUUCUCAGACUUUUCACUCCUUUAAAAAAAAAUCUCAAUGUGUUUUUGUGGUAAAAAAAUAGAAUAUUUGAAAUUAUAUAUUGAACAGAAUUAAUAUAUGUCUUAUAACAAGUGUUUUCCUUCUUCUCAGUGGAUAUUUUGGCAAGAAAUUGACUGUAUUAAAUACAUUUAGAUUACGUCUACAUGUUUUAUAAAUAAUAAGAAUAAAAAAAAACGAGAAAGAUUUAGAUUUUUGUAUGAAAUGUGCUACUCCAUAUUUUGUGUGAUGUUUAUUCUAUUUCAGUAUCCUGAAGCUGAAUGUAUUGUGAUUGCUGAAGAAGCCAAAAGUGAUUAAAUAAAUUAAGAACUAAAUAAAUUAUAAAGCUCAA